AUGCCAGGCUUUCCCACUCUACAGAGGAUCGGUGAUGUCAAAACACAUCGCUUCGAAGAGCCCGUCAAGAAGAUUUACGAUGGCUCCGAUGUCACUUUCUUUCUGACCUCUCUGGCGUACCGAGAUAUCAUGACCUUUAUGCUCCAGCUAAAUCGAUCCGUCGUACCGCGGAAACAGGACGUGGACGGGACGGCGAGGGUGGUGACCUGGCCAUUGAAGUCAAAGGACGUUGCAUAUUCAGACUCUGUCGAGAGGUUACGUGCUCUUUUGACGAGACUGAGCAAGCUGGUCGAUGAUGUCCCUCUAGACACCGGUCCUCGGCGCUUCGGCAAUGUCAGCUUUCGAAAAUGGCACCAACUCGUCGAAGACCAACGAGACAACUUAUUGAACGAGUGUCUCCCUGAAUGGCUGGCACCCGCUUACCCAGAAUUGGCUUCAUACCUGUUGGGCAGUUUCGGCAGUGCACAACGAUUGGACUACGGCACGGGACACGAGCUUAGCUUCCUGGCCUUUCUCGGCGGCCUGUGGAAACUAGGCUUCUUUCCUGAGGCAGACGCAGGCGUGGAAGAGAGGGGGAUUGUUUUGGGCGUGUUUGAACAGUAUCUCUCCCUUAUCAGGAAACUCAUCGUGACCUACACCCUCGAACCGGCCGGAUCGCACGGUGUCUGGGGUCUCGACGACAACUCCUUCUUGCCCUACGUUUUCGGCGCAGCUCAACUGGCACCCGCCAUCACAGAGUCCGACGACACCCCGACCGAGGGGUCGCUACCCGGCGCCCCCGAACCGUCCUGGGUCAGCAAAUCGAAUCUGGUCGAGAAAGAAAAGGACAAGAACAUGUAUUUCUCUGCCAUUGCCUUCAUCUACGACAUCAAGAAAGGGCCCUUCUGGGAGCACAGCCCGGUCUUGUACGACAUCUCCGGCAUCAACGGUGGUUGGGGCAAGAUCAACAAGGGAAUGAUCAAGAUGUUCAAUGCAGAGGUGCUAUCGAAAUUCCCCGUGGUCCAGCAUUUUCUGUUUGGCUCCCUAUUCCGAUGGGAAAAGGAUGCUGAAGCGAGGCCGCCUCCGCCAACGACCCAUGCUACUAGUCAGCCCCUUCGAACCCCCACAGCUGCUUCACCCAGCACGACACGACCAGGGGAAGCCCCUUGGGCAGGGACACCUUCUCAACCACCCCUAGGCUUCGUCAACGGCGUCACUCAGGCGCCAUGGGCGAGUCGGGGCCCCGCGCCGCCACCUCCGCGCAGUGGAUAUGCUGCCGCUCAAAGACGAACUUUGCCACCACUCACAGAAAACUGGAGUAAGCACGAGCAGAAUCGUCCGACGGAACGAAAGUAG